AUGGGAUGUUCUACCUCAAAGUUGGAGAAUGAGGAUGCCGUUCGCCUUUGCCAUGACAGGAAGAAUUUCAUCAAACAAGCUAUCGAGCAGAGAAACCAGCUUGCAUAUGUGCACGUAGCGUAUAUACGAUCUCUGAAGGGAGUUGCUGUUGCUCUGUGUCGUUAUGUUGAUGACGAUGAGCUUCAGUUCUUCUUGGCUUCUUUCACGACAGCGCCAAUGCCACCGCAAUCUGUAAGAGAAGUACACCCGGAUAUCGCCAUGAUUCCAAGGAAAUUAUUUGCACCACAAGAGAACCACUCUCGAAGAAACACUUUUUCUGCAGUGCAUUACAUGAAAGCAGGGUGGAGUCCAUCAAUUUCUGUCGAGGAAUGGCCCGAGCCAGUGGAAACUGUGAGACCUGAGUAUAAUUAUUCUACAGGUCAUUCUGGUUUUGAUGGCUAUGCUCCUGCAGGGGCUGCAACCAUGGGAUCAUCAUACUCCUCUCCAUACGCAAGACCCAGAUACCCACCUGCAUCGCCUCAGGCUUCACAGAUGGACUUCUUUUGGAACCCUUUCUCAUCUCUGAAUUCAUAUGGAUAUCCCUACGGAAACAAUUCAGAAGAUGUCUUGCUUGAUGAGGAUUCUGAUCAGCUAAGGAAAGUUCGACAGCAAGAAGGGAUACCUGAACUGGAAGAAGAGGACGAUGAUGAGGAUCAUGAGGAGAUUCGGAAUGUAUCAAUUAAAUCAGAGAUUCCUAGAAUUUAUUCGAAGCGUAUUGCCAAGACGGUUGCCGGUGGAGGAGCAGCAGGAACCGACGGGAAGAAAGAUAAUGUGAAUGAGACAAAGGAACUGAGAUCGCAAGGUGUGCAGACUACUGAAGUGUCAGAAACUAGCAAUGCAGUGGAACUUGAGGUCAACAAUGAUCAAGGAAUUAGUGGAAAUAGAAAUGGCCCGCAAGAAACUCCUGGUUUCACUGUGUAUGUGAACAGAAGACCAAUAAGCAUGGGAGAGGUCAUGAAGGAUGUGGAAGCUCAAUUCACCAGAAUUUGUAAUUUUGCUGAUGAGCUCUCUGUGAUUCUGGAAGUUAGCACAGCUCAACCAUCUUCUUCCCCAUUUGGAUCUUUUAGAAUGUUGAACCCAGCUGCUUUGCUUCGUUCAACAUCUUCGCGCUCAUCUUCGUUUAGGUUCCUUCAAGCUUCUUCCAGUUCAAUAAAUGACGACCAAGAAAGUAGCAGCAAUGGAAUAGAGGAAUCAUGCAUUGCACCUGGAAGCCACAAGUCAACAUUAGACCGACUACAUCAAUGGGAGAAGAAGCUAUAUGAGGAAGUGAAGUGCGCAGAACGCAUACGAAUUGAAUAUGAAAAGAAGUGCAGACAACUAAGGAUUCAUGAUGUCCAUGGGGAAGAACCUUUUGUUGUUGAUAAAACUAGAGCAGCAAUCAGAGAUCUCCGAACUCAACUUAGAGUCUCCAUAAGUUCUGUUGAAUACAUAUCAAAGAGAAUUGAGGUAUUACGGGACCAGGAUUUGCACCCACUGGUGAUGGAACUGAUCCGCGGGUUAGCACGCAUGUGGAGGACCAUGGCCGAAUGCCACCGGAUACAAAAGCGCACAAUUGACGAGGCCAAGCUCCUCCUCUUCUCUCCCUCCGCCACCGCCGGCGUCCCCGCCCGGGUGCUUCCAGGACCCUCCCGCUCCGCCGCGUCUCUUGAGGCAGAACUCCGGAAUUGGGCCUCUCGCUUAUCGGCCUGGGUACAGGCCCAGCGUUGCUACGCCCGCGCCCUCGCCGGUUGGAUCCGUCGCUGCGCCCCUCCCGCCCGCGACGCCACGGCCCCCACCCCCAGCCGCUCCGGCGCCAGCGGAGCAGCACCUCCGGUGUACAUCGCCUGCGUCCGGUGGUCCCGGAUGCUGGAUUCGGUGAGCGAGGCGGCGGCCAUCGAGGGGGUGGAGAUGUUCGCGGCGGGAGUGGCUUCGGUGGCGGCGUCGUUGGCGGCGGGGCAGGGUAAGGAGGGGAAGUCGGAUAUGAUGGAUCCGGAGGCGGCUGUGGCGGCGGCGGCAGAGCUAGGAGCGAAGGUGGUGUGCGCGGGGCUGGCGGUGGCAGUGGGGGCGGUGGCGGAGUUGGCCGCCAACUCGGCGGAGGGAUACGAAGAAUUAGUGAAGACGCUCGACUUGAGGGUUAACUAGCACAGCUCUAUUUUAUUUUAUUUUUUAAAAAUCAAUUUAAUGAAUAACUUUCUAUUUAAAUAUAAAUAAAUCCAUACAUAUAUACUUUUAAUUUUA